GCUUUUACUUUGUAGAACCGGAAGCGUGGCGCCGAAACAUCCGCCCUCCUCUCCUUCACUCCUCCUCACCAUCAUUGUGGUGGAAACGAGCGGCGUGCGGACAUCUCGAACCGGGAUUUCACGGCACAUUGAAACCGAGAGGAAGAAGCAAAUCUUUUACCAGUCAUUCCGGUUGAGGUCAAAGGUCAACUCCCAUCAUGGCUGACGACGCGAACAUGCGCAACGAGCUGGCCGACCUGCAGACUCGCGCCGAUGAGAUCACCGACGAGUCCCUGGAGAGCACUCGUCGUAUGAUCGCUCUGGUGGAGGAGAGUAAAGAUGCCGGCAUCAGGACUCUGGUCAUGUUGGAUGAGCAGGGAGAGCAACUGGAGCGCAUCGAAGAGGGGAUGGACCAAAUCAAUAAGGACAUGAAGGAUGCAGAAAAGAAUUUGAACAAUCUAGGACAGUUCUGUGGUCUUUGUUCAUGUCCGUGUAACAAGAUUAAGGGCGGGGGCCAGGCCUGGGGAGCCAACCAGGAUGGAGUAGUGAACAGCCAGCCGGGCGCUCGGGUGAUGGACGAGCGCGAGCAGAUGGCCAUCAGUGGGGGCUUCAUCCGCAGGGUAACAGACGACGCCCGCGAGAACGAGAUGGAUGAGAACCUGGAGCAGGUGGGCGGCAUCAUCGGCAACCUGCGUCACAUGGCCCUGGACAUGGGCCAGGAGAUCGACACCCAGAACCGGCAGAUCGACCGGAUCAUGGAGAAGGCGGACUCCAACAAGACCAGGAUCGACGAGGCCAACCAGCGAGCGACAAAGAUGUUGGGCAGUGGCUAAACUCUGUGAAGUGUCCCUCCCCUCACACACGACAGUCCCAGUACAACACAACACAACACAACGCACACACAAACACAACUUGUGUACCCCCC